AUGUCUUUCAACAAUAAAGAGGUGGAUUUGGCUGAGCAAAAGGUUCCUCGCAUCACCUAUGCCGACGAUGUGGAAGUUCGACCUCGCACUACGGCAAGACCAUCGCGUCGUUUGUCCACGGACUCGAUGUCGAUUCAUUCGAUAUCGCGCCAGAGAUCUGUUGACCCAUCGCUGGUCCUGCCGCCUCAAUUCAGAACUUUGUAA